CGGAAGAAGUUUCAAUGACUGUGGCCCCUCAGAAGGAAUUCCACAUCUCUGGGUCCAACCUGACCCUGUCCUGCUCAGCUCAGUCCAGCCCUCCUGCACAGUUUCAGUGGGCUUUCAAUGGAGGGAUGUUGAACAGAGAGGGUCAGGAACUCAGGCUGGAGAACAUUCAGGCGAAUCAGAGUGGCAGUUAUACCUGCUGGGCCCACAACAUCAGAACCCUGAGGUAUAAGUCCUCUGAUCCCUCACUGAUAACUGUCCUUGAGAGGAUAUCUGGUGCCACCAUCACAGGCCCCACAGCACCACUGAUAGCAGGUAACAGCUCUGCCAACCUGAGCUGCCAGGCAACCGCUGGCACCAUCUCCUCCAGACAGUGGCUGAAGGAUGGUCAACCACUGUCUCCUAGCAACAGCAUCACCAUCUCAGGGGACAACAGCUCUGUGUCCAUUGACCCUGUAGAAGGCAGUGAUAAUGGAGAAUACCAGUGCAGACUGAGCAACCCUGUGAGCACUGACACUGCCAGCUACAACCUGAUCGUCAACUACGGACCACAGGAUGUUGUCAUACAGGGAGAACGUGAGGUAGAAGUUGGUCAGAGGGUGGAGCUGAAAUGUUCUGCUUUAUCGAUACCUCCUGCAACAUUCACCUGGACAGUCAACGGGACAGAGACGGAUGUGAGGACAGCUGAAUAUACCAUAGAGAAAGCCACCCAUGGCAACAGUGGGGAUUACAUCUGUGUGGCCAGCAAUGCAGUGACUGGAUCAACUCAGGCUUCUCCUGUCCAUGUUUUGGCUGUUAAUGUGCCUGUCCAGGGGCUCUCCACAGGAGCAAUCGUUGGGAUUGUGAUUGGCGUUCUGGUCUGUGUAGCAGUGGUAGCUGCUAUAGUCAUCAUCACCAUUAAGAAGAAGAAGUCCAGUUCCCCCACAAGCGGAAGUACUGGCAACACAACAAGUCCCUACGCUAAUGGAGGGGAACCGGAGUUGGCCUAUGCCGACAUCAGCCAUUUUAAGAAAUCUGACGGAGGCAAAGUCCAGGUGGGGAACGCCGCUACUGAGUACGCAGAGGUUACAGUCGGCUCCCGACCUGGCCGGCCCCCCUCCAGCACGCAGGAGACCUCUUAUGCAGAAAUCAGGAAGAACUGACCACAUCCCAAACUUUACUGUACUCCCGCUGUACCUCUCCUGCAGCACUUCACCUCUUCUGCCUCUAUCUGUGAAGUCUGUUCACUGCCCAUCAAAAAACAGUGCCAUCUUACUGUGCAUCCAGCUGCCUUCAUAGCUUGUAUGUUUUCAUUUUUAUUCGAACGUGGAAUGCGUCUCUCGAGUGUUCCAGUCCCCGACAUCUUUCGUAUCUGCCAUUUUGAAAAUUGUUGAUGUAGAAAAAUAACUCCCCGUUCGUGCCAAAACAACAGGGGUCUCUGUUUUAUCUAAUAGGACUGAGUAUGUAACUGGUAAAGUUGACAAUAAGUGACCUUACACUGGUAAGAAUGCUCAACCCUGAAGCUGAACAGCACUCUGCAAGAUAGCAAUUGUUUAAAAUUCAUGCACUGCCACAGCAGCAAUGUCAGCCAUUAUCUUCACAGCGUAUGUAAUUGUUGUUUAUUUUAUUAUAGUUUUAAUGUACUGUUGCUUCAGAUGUCUAGAUAAUUUAAUAAAACAUAAGACGUUUAAUGUGAGCAAAUCAUUCAUCCCAACCAGGCUCAUCAUUUUGUCUGUAGUAUAGAGUGUAAGGGUAGUAUAAGGGUCUCUGCUUCUACUAAGAAUCAUGGCUUCAAAUUUAGCUUUAAUUUUUAACUAUACUCUGUUGUUCUGCUGACAAAACUAAUCUUAUAAUAGCCUAUAUUGCCUGCUUUUUUAUCCCUUUUUUGUACAUUUAAAAACCUCAUUAUCAAAAAUCAUCAACUCUUCUUUUGCCAAGACUAAAAAGAUUAAGUGUAUUGAGCUUUUCUCCAUAAUUUAUGUUUGAUACCUGGAACCAGUUCUCCUGCUGUUAUCUAUACUCUAGAGCUCACAUCUCCAAAUAGGGGAAUCUUAAGGGCAUGGCAAUUGACCGGCAGGGUGUAGUUACUCAUUUCUGUGGUCAGCUAAAGGUUCAGAAAAAUAAAAUGA